AUGUUGUGCGAAAUAAGUUCAUGGUCUGGUAAUAAUUUCUUCCUUACAUGGAUGAUACUUAGUUUAAUUGCAUUUGUUGUACUUAUUGUAUUUUCAACAUUAAUUUUUUAUCAUUAUUAUGUAAAUAUAACUUUCGAAAAAUGGUUACAAAAAUCGUAUCCAAAGUAUCCAUCAGCAAAUUAUGUUCGUACUGAAAUUAUAUUAAUGUUAAAAGGUCUUUUAUCAGCAACCUUAUGUCCUGCAUUAGCAUUAUAUUUAAUGGGUCGAGAAAAAUUACAAGGUUAUUGUGGUGUAGGUGAAUAUGGUUGGGGAUAUUUAGUUAUUAGUUUUUUUAUUAUUUGGUUGUCAACAGAUUUUUUUGAAUUUCUUUAUCAUCGAAUGGGACAUACGAUUGAUGCUUUUUGGAAUAUACAUAAGUCUCAUCAUCAAUUUUAUAAUCCUACACCAUUUGCUGUUAUAGCUGAUGAAUAUUUAGAUCAAUUUGUACGUGCAUUACCAUUAAUAAUCUUACCUACUUUAAUACCAGUUAAUAUGGAUUUAUUAUUUUUUCAAUUUGCAACUUUUUUCUAUGGUUAUGGUAUUUAUCUUCAUUGGGGUCAUGAAUUCUCGUAUCCCGAUGCACAUCAUCCUAUAAUUAAUACAUCUUUUCAACAUUAUUUGCAUCAUGCUGUUUCAAUUAAAAAUCAACCUUAUCAUACAGGAUUUUAUUUUAAAAUUUGGGAUCAAUUAUUUGGUAGUAUUUAUCCAAGAGAAAAUUGCUUUUGUAUUAAAUGUCAAAAAGAAAAAGGACAACGUACACGUGAAGAAUUUGAAAAAAUAGAAAAACCAGAUUAUAGUGUCUUGUUAAAUUGGAAUUUUUGGUUUGAAAAUAAACUUGCUUAA